AUGGUAGAAAGUUACAAUGGGAACAUUGUGUUUCCGAACAAACAGACCACACCACUGACCCGUUUCUACGAGGGCAAACUCCUGGAGUCCGAAACCUAUGUCGGGGGUCAUGUUGAAGCGCUCGAGGCAGGCGUAUUCCGCAGUGACAUCCCAAUGGACUUCAAAACACAGCCCUCGGCUUAUAAGGAG